AUGAAGUCCGUUGUCAUCAUUUCAAUUCUCUCCGCGGUGGUCAUGGCCCUGCCGCAUGCCGGCCCUGCCACUGAUGCCGCAGCCUCCUUACGCCGCGGAACAAUCUCUCAGGAAGAGCUGGGGAAUCUUGCUUCCAAGACCGGAAAGACUGUGGACGAGAUCUCGGAGGCUUUGUAUUCCACCUGGGCUAAAUACCAGUUCUCGGACGAAGACAUCGCUGCUCUGGCGGCUUCCAAGGUGAAGCGUGGCAAGAUCUCCCAGGAGGAGCUUGGAAAUCUUGCUUCCAAGACCGGAAAGACUGUGGACGAGAUCUCGGAGGCUCUGUAUUCCACCUGGGCUAAAUACCAGUUCUCGGAUGAUGACAUUGCUGCUCUGGCGGCGUCGAAGAACUGA